UGAAGCUGCGCCCCAGAAAUUUCGGAAAGGGCACCUGCUUCCUUCCUAGUGUACUUUCUUUCCUUCUCCACUACAGAACGAGCUAGGGGGCACAGCAGCCGGAGAUGAAGGCAGGGAAAAGGAGGAAUUCCAGUAGCAUCGACUCCGUCCAGCAAUCCGCGGAGUCGACGGACGCCGUUGCUGCGGUUACAGAGGAGGAGGAGGAGGAGAGCCGGCGUGACUCAGCGGAUAGUGAGAAUUUGGAAGGGGAAGAGGAGGAUUCGGAGGCCGAGCAGCUGGAAGACGUGCAGAUUGAAGAAGAUGCCGACGGCGAGAGGCCGAAGCUCGCCGAUGGAUUCUACGAGAUCGAGGCCGUACGGAGGAAGCGCGUCCGAAAGGGGAAAGUGCAGUAUCUGAUUAAAUGGCGAGACUGGUCGGAGGCAGCCAAUACUUGGGAGCCUAUUGAAAAUCUGUUACAAUGUUCUGACGUAAUCGAAGCAUUCGAAGAAAGUCUGAAGGCCGGGAAGGGUAGGCCGAGCAGGAAAAGGAAGCGUAAAGUAGGUGUGACUCACGCUCAGACGAAGAAAAAGCAACACCAUCAACAGCGAUCGCCUGCUGCAACAUACAACGUGCCAUCACACGUAAUCAGGAUUGCAGAGGAGCCUAUCACUUUUCCUAGGAUGAACGAUGUGUCGACCACCAUUGAAAGAGGGGAGACGAGCAUCAGCCGCGGAAGGGCUUCCAAGAAAGUAUAUGAAAAUGGCGCGAGAACAUUCUCCGUUACAAGGGAAGGAGAAAAGGAACAAAGUGAACUGGAUUUGAAGCUCUGUGACCUGAAGGGUGCUUUGGCUUCCAGUACCAGACACGACGACAGAUAUGCUACGACAACCCUCAAAGGACAGUUCACAAAUGGAUUACAGGGAGGCGACGGAGUAGAUCCGGGCCAAUUAGGUCGUUGUACAGGAGCUAAAAGGAGGAAAUCGGGUUCGGUCAAGAGGUUCAAGAAAGACGCAGUAUCAUCAUGCUCCCCUGAUGAUUAUGCUAACGGAGGCUCUGCGUGCGCUUCUCUCGUGCCUAUAAAUGUUCAGCAUGUGGAUUUCCUCGGAAACUAUGUGAACUACAAGAGUAAGUUCGAUGAUUCCAGAAACAUGUGCACUCUCACUCAAAUAGUUCGACCCAUCAGUUAUAAAGCAUCCGUAUCGAACAAUGUCCAAGAAGUCCUGCUCACAUUUGAGGCCUUGAGGUCUGAUGGAAGUAAAGUUACAGUGGACAACAAGUUCUUGAAAGCUAACAAUCCACUUUUGCUCAUCGACUAUUAUGAGAAGCAUUUACGGUACAGUCCAACAUGACCAAAACAGGUAACUCAUCGACUUAUCGCUCUAAGUAUGAUCUUCCAUGUAUAUUAUGUUGUAGCAUAAUAAUAUCAGUAGGUACACCUGUAAAUGAUCUACUGCAGCAGCAAAACACCAUAUGUGGUAUGUAAAAUUUGAGUUUAGUUUAUGAAUCGACGCUGUGUUAUGAGUUUA